AUGGGGGAGAGAGAGGCUGUUCUUGCCGGCGCUGCUGGGGGAGCGUGGGAGGAAGCAUGCAAAAAAGGAGUCGUGCCGGGUGCAAACGGGGAAAAAGACAGAAGUGUCUUCUCUAACUGGCUGCAGAAAGGGUUCCCCAAACUGAACGUGGCUGGAAAAGACUUUGCUCAGGUGGAAAGGGCUGCCUGGCUGUCGAAGGGUCUCUGGUUCACCUUCCUUUUCUUCCUCCUCCCCGCUGCGAUCCUUCAGUAUCGCUCUCAGACUGUGCUGUCGCUGCGGGAGUUGCAAUCAAUUAACUGGCAAAUCGCCUCCCGCAUAUAG